CUUGAAGCUAAAAGUAGAGAACAUACAAACAGCCUCCUUUUACCGUUCAUCUUCAAAACCUACAUAUGACAUGAAUUGUCGACGAGUUGCAGCAGCUGCUUGUGUGGGAUGUUUGUUAAUGCCAAGCGUUAUUUUGCAGGCGGUAGGAUUUUUCUCUCCAUAUUGGGUUAAGCAGGAUUCGACAAGCAAUUGCUUCAGGGGAGUCUAUUCCACUGUGAAUUGUGAUGACACCAUUGAAGGACUAGGUGACACCAUUUUAGGACUUGAGGCUACUGGUCUAUUCCUUAUGGCUCUUACAGUACUUGUCAGCAUGUGUAGCAUUUGCUGCAUGGAGGGCGAAUUAGAACAUAAUGGGAAUGAAAAGAAAUGCUGUGUAAAAUUUGGAAUCUGUUUGACAAUGCUUUAUUUUGUUGCAGGAUUCAUUGGCUUCCUAGGAUCUGCUUUUGUUUUUGAUGGUUAUAACGACAAUGAUAAAGGUUGGGGACUCUAUGUCAGUAUGGCGGGAUCUGGUUAUGUGGUGCUAAUCUUUAUAAGAGUAUGUAAAAAGAAGGAAAUUGAUGCAUCUACGUCUGCCCUACUUAACUGAACCUAAAACUGAGUCUAUAUUCGAGUUCAAUUGUUAUGCUAAAUAGCUUUACGAUUUGAUUGUUCCUUGAUUAUAGUUUUUGCUUGUAUGUGAUAAAAAUAUUUUUACUUAAAAAUGUUUCAAAUUUUAAGAACAUGCCCUGUUGAUUUUCAUAGUACCAUUCUGUAAGUGAAAUUAAAUCGAGAGGAUGAAAAAAGAAAAUAUGUAUGGUUGUUGUUGCAAGAAUGUCGAUUCAAACUCUUAAUUACAACGAAAAAUGUAAAAACAGAAAUACUCAAUAAAUUCGACCAUCUGUUCAUGAAUAACUUAAAUUGUUUUGUUUGUUAGCUAUAAUUAUUUACAUA